UCUCCCCAGGCCGCAUCCACCGUGAAUCCAUCUCCUCCGUGGGCUCGGGUGACCCUAGCGGAAGUCCCCUUCACCUGAGUCAGCCUGGCUCCCCAGGGGUUUCGUCGGCUCCUCCCCUGGCCAGUCCCAAAGCCCCCUCCCGGCCGCGCCUCCCCUCCUCCAUCCCCUUGGCCGAGCCCCGCGGGGCUGGGGGCGGAGCGUCUCGGCAGAGGGCUGGGAGCCGGGAGCGGAGGCUUUUAGGCGAGCGGUCGGCUGCAGACGCGCCGCCACUGCCGCUGGGCCGGGGGCAGGCAUGGCAGAGGGCGUGUGAGCACGGAGAGCGAGGGGCCGCCGUCACCAUGCCCGGGGGCGCGGGCGCCGCCCGGCUCUGCUUGCUGGCUCUGGCUCUGCAGCUGCUCCGGCCGCGGGCGGCUCGGGAGCUGGGAUGGACGAGAAGAGGAAGUGAGGAAGGCAGCCCCCAGCUACAGCAUGAACUCAUAAUACCUCAGUGGAAGACUUCAGAAAGCCCCAUGAAAGAAAAGCAUCCACUCAAAGCUGAGCUCAGGGUAAUGGCCGAGGGGCGAGAACUGAUCCUGGACCUGGAGAAGAAUGAGCAACUUUUUGCUCCGGCCUACACAGAAACCCACUACACUCCAGAUGGAAACCCUCAAACCUCCAUGCUGAAACCUGAGGAUCACUGCUUUUACCAUGGCAUGGUGAGGAAGGCGCAAGAAUCCAGCGUCACACUCAGCUCCUGCAGGGGAUUUAGAGGACUGAUCAUGGUGAGCAGUAACCUCAGCUACAUCAUUGAGCCCCUCCCUGACAGCGAGAGCCAACACCUUAUUUACAGAUCCGAACAUCUCAAGCUGCCCCCGGGGAACUGUGGGUUUGAGCACUCCAAGCUCACCACCAGGGACUGGGCCCUUCAGUUUACACGCCAGACCAAGAAACGACCUCGCAGGAUGAAAAGGGAAGACAUACACUCCAUGAAGUACGUGGAGCUUUACCUUGUGGCUGAUUAUGCAGAGUUUCAGAAGAAUCGACGAGACCAGGAUGCCACCAAACACAAGCUCAUCGAGGUUGCCAACUACGUUGAUAAGUUUUACCGAUCCUUGAACAUUCGAAUCGCUCUCGUGGGCUUGGAAGUGUGGACUCAUGGGAACUUGUGUGAAGUUUCAGAGAAUCCGUACUCUACCCUCUGGUCCUUUCUUAGUUGGAGGCGCAAGCUGCUCACCCAGAAGAAGCAUGACAAUGCUCAGUUGAUCACGGGCAUGUCCUUCCACGGUACCACCAUUGGUCUGGCCCCCCUCAUGGCCAUGUGCUCCGUAUACCAAUCGGGAGGGGUCAACAUGGACCACUCUGAAAAUGCCAUUGGUGUGGCUGCCACCAUGGCCCACGAGAUGGGCCACAAUUUUGGUAUGAGCCACGAUUCUGCAGAUUGCUGCUCAGCCAGUGCAGCUGAUGGUGGGUGCAUCAUGGCAGCCGCCACUGGGCACCCCUUCCCCCGAGUGUUCAAUGGAUGCAAUAGGAGGGAACUGGACAGGUAUCUGCAAUCAGGCGGUGGCAUGUGUCUUUCCAACAUGCCAGACACGAAGACACUGUAUGGAGGCCGGAGGUGUGGGAAUGGGUACCUGGAAGAUGGGGAAGAGUGCGACUGUGGGGAGGAAGAGGAAUGUAACAACCCUUGCUGCAAUGCCUCCAACUGCACCCUAAGAGAAGGGGCCGAGUGUGCUCAUGGCUCCUGCUGCCACCAGUGCAAGCUCCUGGCUCCUGGCACACUGUGCCGUGAGCAGGCACGGCAGUGUGACCUCCCAGAGUACUGCACGGGCAAGUCUCCCCACUGCCCCACCAACUUCUACCAGAUGGACGGCACCCCCUGCGAGGGCGGCCAGGCCUACUGCUACAAUGGCAUGUGCCUCACCUACCAGGAGCAGUGCCAGCAGCUGUGGGGUCCUGGAGCCCGGCCUGCCCCUGACCUGUGCUUUGAGAAGGUGAAUGUGGCAGGAGACACCUUUGGAAACUGUGGGAAGGACAUGAACGGCGAACACAAGAAGUGCAACAUGAGGGAUGCCAAGUGUGGGAAGAUCCAGUGUCAGAGCUCUGAGGCCCGGCCCCUGGAGUCCAACGCAGUCCCCAUCGACACCACCAUCAUCAUGAAUGGAAGGCAGAUCCGGUGCCGGGGCACCCAUGUCUACAGAGGUCCCGAAGAAGAGGGUGACAUGCUGGACCCAGGCCUGGUGAUGACCGGGACCAAGUGUGGCUACAAUCACAUCUGCUUCGAGGGGCAGUGCAGGAACACCUCCUUCUUUGAAACCGAAGGCUGUGGGAAGAAGUGCAAUGGUCAUGGGGUCUGCAACAACAAUCAGAACUGCCACUGCUUCCGGGGCUGGGCACCACCCUUCUGCAACACUCCGGGCCAAGGAGGCAGCAUCGACAGUGGGCCCAUGCCCCCCGAGAGUGUUGGUCCUGUGAUAGCGGGAGUGUUUUCAGCCCUCUUCGUGCUGGCGGUCCUCACGCUGAUGUACUAUUGCUGCAAACAGAACAAUAAGCUGGGCCAGCUCAAGCCCUCGGCCCUCCCUUUCAAGCUGAGGCAGCAGUUCAGUUGUCCCUUCAGAGUGUCUCAAAACAAUGGAUCUGGUCAUGCCAACCCAACUUUCAAGUUGCAGACACCCCAGGGAAAGCGAAAGGUGACCAACACCCCUGAAACCCUGAGAAAGCCCUCCCAGCCUCCUCCCCGGCCCCCUCCAGACUAUCUGCAUGGUGGAUCCCCACCUGUACCAUUGCCAAUACAUCUGAACAGGGCUACCAGAAACUCCCCAGGGACUGAGUUUCAAGUAGAGAGAAAAGAAUCAACCAGGAGGCCUCCCCCAAGCCGGCCUAUACCCCCUGCACCAAAUUGCAUUAUUUCCCAGGAUUUCUCCAGGCCUCGGCCACCCCAGAAGGCGCUCCCUGCAAACCCUGUGCCAGGCCGCAGGACCCUCCCCAGGCCAAGUGGUGCCUCAGAGCUUAGGCCCUCUGCUGCUGGCCCUCAGCAGUCCCAGCCUCUGGUAGUUCCUGCCUCAAAGUUUCCUGAAUACCGAUCACAGAGAGCUUUUGGGAUGACCAGCUCCAAAAUCUAGACCCACCUAGAGGGUUCUUGCUUUCCUGGGGACUCUGGACACCACAGUUUCCAGGAGCACGGGAUCUGGAAGAAGCAUGUCUAGACACCUCUGAGCAGCUCCUGGCCUCCUCCUGGAACUACCACAUCUCGGAAAUUCUCCUUCUUGACUCAUGCCUCCUCAGCUUCUUCAGAGGCCCAGAGGACUACUAUCGAAUGGCUUCUAUAUGUUGUUUUGUGCAAUAUACAACCCUGGGUAGGGAGGGGAGAGCGUGGUGGAGGGUGAAUGGCAGCUUUGCCCUCUGUCCUCCCCGUUCAGAGGUGCUGAUGGAGGUGGGCAAGGCCCUCUGAGCUGGUGAGCCAGCUGGGGCAAGUCCUGCUCAGCCCCUCUGCCUGGAGUUUAGCUUGGAGAAGUCAUCCAUCCAGGGCCUGUGAUGGAGGGUACGUGUGAGAGCUUUUCAUUGCUCUGUCUCCCUUGGAGAUCCCAAGCUGAACAGAGGCUGGGCCCUUACCCAUCUCUUUUAGCUGUUAGGGAUUGAGAAAGGGUCCAAGCAGCCAUUGCUCUGGUCCUGCCCAGGGCUUGGUCAAAAUGACAGCCCCUGGCUAUAUGGCUGCAUGUGACAAGCCAAGUCCCCUUCCCCCUAUCUCCCAAGCCUGAGUCCCUUUAUUCACACGGGUCACACUGACUCAGACAGGUACUAUUUGUAGGCAAUGUAGACAGCAGGGGGAGCACCAGACCUGGGCCUCCUCUGAGCCGUGAUGCCAAAGGUUGCCACUGGACUCUUGGUAAUUCUUGGUUGCCCUUAGGUUCUCUUCUGCAUUCCACGCUUCUGCCUUCUCCUCCCCCUCAGACCCACUCUAUCACGUGGUGCUUUGGUGAGUGGAGCCCCAGCAGUCCUGACUUUUCUAGCAAUCAGGUGCUUGCGACUUACGAGUCAGGGUCCUGCCUCAUGGGGUGGCCACUGGAUUUUCUGCACUGGAUCUCAAGAGUGUUGACCCAAGUGGACUUGGGGUAUAGCCAUGGGGGCCUAGCUUCAUUUUUCCUUGUGUUUGUGACCUCAACAGGGCGAGCUUCUUCCUCUGUACUCCCUCACCUACAUCUAGGUGAGGUCCCCCAGGGAUGGCUGUGGUAGUAGUGAAGGAGGAGCAUCAGAGAUCCUUGGAGAAGGCAGCUGUCAAUCACUGCAGUGAAACAGUCUGAGCUGGGGCAGCGUCUUCUCCCUCCAACCAGGCUUUUGAUGUCUACUUCCUUCAUUCUCUCCUCUGGUCACUGCUCUGAGCAGAAGAGGGACUGGACUCCAAGGACCUUAUUCUGUCUGGAGCUCAGGAGGAAGUCUGUGGGGUGCUCUGCUAGUCAGACAAUUUUUAUAGCAUAGCUGGGGGUGAGCUCUUAGAGACUUGUCUCCUACCCCCAGAAAGGUGCUGAGCAGCUCUCCAGAGGGGAGCUAGCCUAAUGUUCACUCCUUUGAGGGUUUUCCAGGGACCUCCCACCUUCUUGCUCUUGAAGACCUCAGUGCAAAGAGGGGGCUGAUCCUUUGAUUCCCUGCUCACCAUCCAAGGGCCUCCUCAUAGUUCUCUGCAGAUAGUAGGUGCUGAACUAAUGUUCUUGGGUUUGUAGACAGGUAGGGGAUGUGGAAUGCACACCUGGGGACAAACAUGGGGUGGGUUUAGAAAGAUCUCAGGAAAAUGCAUUUCUCUUCCCUCAGGGUGGCUACGAUACUCGGGCCCUCCUUCCCCCAUGUCCAUUCCCCACCUUCUUACUGCAAGAUUCAGACAGGACACAGCCUUCUAUUUAAGCAUGCUGCACCCAAUGCCCCGUGCCUCCAGACUGGGUCCCAGAAAAGGUGACCCCCUCAUCCCUUGCAAAUGAACCAACCAACCCCAUGUCACCUGGAUGUUCCUGUGGCUGGUGCAGCCCUUCUCCCUCACAUCAGGAGGUAGGCCACUCUGAAGUGACCAUGUGGCGACCAUGAUGAUGUCAUGAGCCUUUUGAACCCCAAAUCCACUAUCCCUGGAACCAUAUUGGAAAGAGCCCUGGUUUUUGUUCCCUUUCCUUUUGUUUUCUUUUGGGUUUUCUUCUUAAUACCAUCUCCAUCCCAUAAAAUUAUACUGUGAACUGGAAGAUGGUGGAAUCUUUUUAAUUUGAUGGAAACUUUGGGCAGCCAGUUCUAUUUGCCAUUUCACUCCUAGUUCAGUUCAGGGAGCUAGGAGUCAUUUUCCAGCAGGUCAGAGAGGCUUCCAGGGAGAAGAGUGCCAAGAGUUACCAUCCCUUGGUCACGCCUCUGCCUAGAGCGCUGCUGGGAGGGUUCAAGUACAAACAUCUGGAUUUAGGGAAGGCGGGCUUUAUUCCAAAGGAUUAUCACAAGAGAUGAGAACUUUGCCAUACGGAGAGGAGAGUACCAUGGCCACAGGGAGGAUGCUCGGACCAACUGACUCCAAAUGAACAAGCAUCCCAUGGCCCAGGCAGAGAAGGCCUUUUCUUUUAUUAGAAGGAGUGAACAUGGCUAGAAAGAACAGUGUUCAUGGGAGUCUCUGUCCCUGUCUUUUUGGGGAAGGGCUGUUACAAACAGCCUGUGUUCUGGCUUGGGCUGAGGGUAAGUGAAGGUCCAGGGUCUGGUGGGGAGGAGGGAGGCUUCACUCCAGUUUGGUCUGUCCAUCAACAGCAUGCUGUUUAUUCAGAUAAAGAAGGAUGUAAAUCUUUUUAGAAGUUAAACUAGGCUCCUGCCAGUUUUACAGCCUGGGAAUGUUUUUCUCAGGGGCCUUGGAGCUAUCUCUGAAUGCAAACCUCAGGAAGACAGCCCCCUAGCUCCCUGGCUCCCUGGCUCUGUGGGACAUUAGCCAAGUGGCACUACCUGUUUGCUGUAGGUUCCUUUCCUCCAUGUUGACUUCUACCUAUAAGAGAAAAGCCCUUUCCUGCCCCAACUCUAAGCUUCUUGCAGAUCUCAAAGUCUGAGUAUUCUCUGCAUUGCAAUUUCCCCCUCCCUGAUUGCAGUAACUCCUCCUCAUCCUUCAAUAAUCCUUUUUAAUAAAGCCUCCCCUUAGGUCUGACCUAAUUUCUUCUUAGUUGACAAAGGGUAUGGAAGACUUGCAUUUUAAAAAUUGGGGACAAGUUCUAAAGCCAGUAAUUGUGUUAAAUAUGUGUAUAACAGCUCUGCGGGGCACCCACAUAAGCCAAAGGAGUGCCAACUGGAAAGGGGUCCCAUCCCUAGGGAAGCCUGCUAAGGAGAAGUUCUGCAGAAUCCAAGCCCAACUCCCCCAAAUCCACCCUCUGAACGUCCCCUCGCACCACCCACUGUGUGUACGUACGCGUUAGGGAUCCAGGGCAAUGUGAAUUUUCUUUUUAUUUGGGAGAUGCUUAAUGGAAAAACAGAUCCUCUUCUCUCUUAUCCACCUAUUAAUUGUUUACAAUAUUUGUACAUCUAUGCAAAAUACUUGAAUGGGCCGUGGUGCCUUUUUUUUUUUCCUUGUUUGUAUUUAAUUAAAACAAACUUUUUCAUUUGGAA